CAACUAGAUGUUUUUACGAAAAAGAUCCAUGAAACUCUGAGGAACAACAACAACCUCAUGACUUACGUUACCUCGAAAUGAUGUAGUCAUCUCGGGAUCGCAUUUACACUAUUGCACAGAGUAGAUUAAUGCAAUUUAAUUAUUUCAUUUUAUUUUGAAAAUAUGAUUUUCUGGACUUCAGCUCUCAGAGCAAAGAAUAGCUAGAAUCAAGGAUUGUCUUUGUCUGUGCAACACACCAAUCUCUCCAGUAAUAACCUGCAAAGACGAACAUGUCAACACUGUUUCCUGAUUAGACGAGAGACUGAAUAGUAUUGGAUUGCAAUGGGAAUGCAAUAGCAGUUGCAUUGAUUUGCGCCACUUUAGACAUUAGCGGAAAUAAAUAUAUUUUUGUCAACCGACCAGAGAAAGAGAGACCCGUGGGAUCUGGCGAUGUCCUUCUUUAAUUUCCGAAAAAUCUUUAAACUGGGCGCAGAGAAGAAGAAGAAACAAUAUGAUCAUGUGCACAGGGACACAAAUCCGGAGGAAAUCUGGGAGAUUGUUGGAGAACUGGGGGAUGGAGCCUUCGGAAAGGUGUUCAAGGCUCAAAACAAGCAGACAGGCAUUUUUGCUGCUGCAAAGGUGAUUGACACCAAAACUGAAGAUGAGCUGGAGGACUACAUGGUGGAGAUCGACAUCUUGGCGUCAUGUGAUCAUCACAAUAUUGUCAAGCUGCUUGACGCGUUUUACUACGAGAGCAAACUGUGGAUCCUGAUCGAGUUCUGCGCCGGCGGAGCCAUUGAUGCUGUCAUGCUCGAGCUGGAAAGGCCUCUGACGGAGCCGCAGAUCAGGGUGGUUUGUAAGCAGACUCUGGAUGCUCUGCAGUAUCUGCAUGACAACAAGGUGAUCCACAGAGACCUAAAGGCUGGAAACAUCCUGCUCACCCUCGACGGAGACGUCAAACUGGCUGACUUUGGAGUGUCUGCCAAGAACACAAAGACCAUCCAGCGAAGAGACUCCUUCAUUGGAACCCCUUACUGGAUGGCUCCAGAGGUUGUGAUGUGCGAGACGUCUAAGGACAGGCCGUAUGACUAUAAGGCUGAUAUUUGGUCUCUAGGAAUCACUCUGAUCGAGCUGGCCCAGAUCGAACCACCCAACCAUGAGAUGAACCCAAUGAGAGUUCUGCUCAAGAUCGCCAAAGCUGAGCCGCCUACUCUCCAGCAGCCUUCAAAAUGGUCUCCUAAGUUUAAUGACUUCCUGAAACAUGCGCUGGAUAAGAAUGUGGACAACAGGUGGAGCACAGCACAACUUCUUCAGCACCCGUUUGUGAGUAGUGUGACUGACAGCCGACCCCUGCGGGAGCUCAUCGCUGAGGCCAAGGCAGAGGUUACAGAGGAGAUCGAGGACCUGAAGGAGGAAGAGGAGGAAGAAGAUCUGCUGCUUCGUGGACACAAACGCGCACCGUCUGACGCUAGCAUUGGAAGCUCUGAAGACGAGAAGCUUCCUCAGUCGCCGUCCACCUUGGAGUCUGUUCCUGAGAAGAUUGAAGAGGCCUCUACAGCCAAACCGCCAGAUGAUAAUGUUACAACUGGAAUAAAGAAGGAAGAAGAACCUCUGAAGGUGGGUGAGAACCACAUUGAGGAUGUAGCAGAACCUGGAUCUAAGGAACAAGGUGUGGAAGUAUCUCCAAAGGAAUCUCAAGAACCCAAAGCUGAAGUGGAGCCUGUAAAACCAGAGACUCCUGCUGAUACAGUAGUCCCAACAGAGGAGCAAAGAGCCAAACCUGAUGGAGAGAUACCUGAAGGGGAAAAGGAGGUGGUGGGCAAUGGUGAACUCAUAAAGGAAAUGUCUACAUCAGACAUUUCUUCAUUGGAGACGCCAACAGAACCUGAUGGACCUAUUGCAACAUCUCCAUUGAAAGAAGAAGAGAGUGUUGAGGAAAAGGAGAAACCUGAACUGGUGGAGAAACCAAGCCCAGUGAAGCCCAGGUAUGUGAAGAAGGAGGACUCCGACUCUGGGAUCAGUUCUUCAGCUGACAACAGCAGCAUAGACCUGAACUUAUCCAUCUCCAGCUUUAUUAGCAAAUCCAAGGAGCCAGGAACCAUCUCUCAGCAGGACAAAAAGAGACAGAAAAAGACUCUGAAAAAGACUCGCAAGUUCGUUGUGGAUGGUGUGGAAGUCAGCGUAACAACGUCCAAGAUCAUCACAGACAAUGACACCAAAAGUGAGGAGAUGCGAUUCCUCAGGCGUCAGGAGCUGAGGGAACUCAGACUUCUUCAGAAAGAGGAGCAGAGAGCACAGCAGCAGCUCAGCAACAAACUCCAGCAGCAGAGAGAGCAGAUCUACAAACGCUUCGAACAGGAAGUCACGAGUAAGAAGCGUCAGUAUGAUACGGAGGUGGAGAAUAUGGAGCGACAGCAGAAACAGACCAUCGAGCGUCUGGAGCAGGAUCACACCGAGCGCCUCAGAGACGAGGCCAAACGCAUUAAAGCAGAGCAGGACAAAGAGCUUUCCAAGUUUCAGAGUACGCUCAAGAACCGCAAGAAAGAGGAGCAGGAGUUUCUUCAGAAGCAGCAGCAGGAUCUGGACAGCUCUCUGAAGAAGAUCAUCCAGCAGCACAAACAUGAGCUGGCCACUAUUGAGAAAGACUGUCUCAACAACAAGCAGCAGCUCCUGAGAGCCCGAGAAGCCGCUAUGUGGGAGCUGGAAGAGCGCCACCUACAGGAAAAACACCAGCUGCACAAACAGCAGUUGAAAGACCAGUACUUCAUGCAACGACACCAGCUGCUUAAAAGACACGAGAAGGAAAUGGAGCAGAUGCAUCGGUAUAUCCAGCGUCUGAUAGAGGAGAUGAAGAACAAACAGACGCAGGAGAAGACCAGACUGCCAAAGAUCCAGCGCAGUGAUGCAAAGACCCGCAUGGCCAUGUUCAAAAAGAGCCUGCGCAUCACGACCACAGGGGUCACGCCGGAAGUGGAACGUGAGCGGGUCAAACAGUUUGCAGCACAGGAGGAGCAGAGACAAAGGAACGAGCGUCACCAUCAACAACAGAAGCAUGAGACUCAGAUGAGAGACCUGCAGACGCAGUGCGACGCCAACCUCCGAGAGCUACAGCAGCUGCAGAAUGAGAAGUGCCAUCUGUUGAUUGAGCAUGAGACUCAGAAGCUGAAGGAGCUGGAUGAGGAGCACAGCGCAGAGCUGAAGGACUGGAGAGAGAAACUCAGACCCCGCAAGAAGGCCCUUGAGGAAGAGUUCACCCGUAAGCUACAGGAACAGGAAAUGUUCUUUAAAAUGAGCGGGGAGUCUGCAUGCCUUAACCCCUCCACCCAGAGCCGGAUCUCAAAGUUCUACCCCGUCCCGAGUGUCCACUCCACUGGGUUUUAACGCACACGUUCACACUAAGAGCACAGAGAUGCUAAACCGCAUUGUGACUGAACCUCGGCUGCCUUGCUCCCUCUGAUCGCUGACGUCAGGGAGAACGAAGGAGGGACUUCGCUGUUCCAGUAAUAUACAGAGGAGUUUUUGCUUUUAUUAUUUUUAUUAUUUAAUCUUUAAUAGUGGAUUUUCAGUGUGGUUUCCCUAAACAUUUCAGCAAUGGUUCAUGAAAGAAAAUGUGAUUCUGUAUGCCACUAAAUAGCUUUUUUUCUCUCUCGAAUCAUUGGUCUCCAUAUCUUAAUGUUGUGAUUUAACUUACUGUGAUAUUUUUAGGAUUAUAUCUGCAUAAUGGAAAUGACUGUUCAACUUCAGG